CUAGUGCCAUCAGUUCAUACAGUUAGGUUGUGAGACCUAAGUGAGUGUGUUUGUGUCUCAAUAUUUAUUUAUUUAACAUAACACACUUAUAGCUAGUGUUUUUUAUUAGCCUGUGGUGUCCCACAGCUGGGCAUAGGCCUACACAUUAUAAAAUUUUAUGUCAGGACUUGUUGUGUGGUCAAUAUAAGUCAAAAUGAAGAUACUCGUCAUUUUAUUAGCUUUAUUAGUGGCGGCGAUAGCGGAACCGCCUGUAGACAGCAGGUACUUGCCCCCACAGCAAGGGUUCAAUAGUGGCAGUUUCCCUUCACAAACGUACGGGCCUCCAGGAAGAAACGACCAGAUGAACAGACAGACGGACGCCGUUUUCAGAUCUCGACCGUCUUCCACUUAUGGAGCUCCAAGUAGGAACAGCCGACCAACAUCGCAGUAUCUACCUCCUUCCGAGCCUUCUAGUCAGUACGGCCCACCAGCAAGGCCGUCGUCGACGUAUGGCACCCCAGGAUUUGGUAACCAGGGCAGACAAGGUGCCAGGCCCCCAAGCACACAAUAUGGGGUACCAAACCUCAACGCCCCAUCGCAGCAGUACGGUGCCCCUGGUGUGAACGCACCUUCACAGCAAUACGGAGCGCCAGCUUUUGGAAGUGGCGAAAAUCGAUAUUCCGAGGCUGCUACGGAUUUCGGAGGAGCUCAAAGCCGCGCGUAUCUCCCACCAGGUCAAGGCAGAGGCUAUGGCGGCAACGACGAUGGUUCCAAUGGGGAGCCAGCAAACUACAAUUUCGAGUAUACAGUGAAGGACGAGCAGUCCGGAAACGACUUUGGACAUAGGGAGUCUCGUCAGGGCGACAGGGCUGAAGGUCUUUAUUACGUUGUGCUGCCUGAUGGAAGGAAACAGACGGUUGAGUAUGAAGCAGAUCAAAACGGAUACAGACCUAAGAUAUCAUACGAAGACGUCGGCUCUGCUGGUGGCUACGCGGGCCGUGGGCAGGGUUACCAAAAUGGCGGCUAUCAAGAUGGCGGAUUUCAAAAUGGCGGCCCUUAUUAGGGGACCAAUCGGUGAAGCGAGCGACCACAUUGCGAUUAGUUAUGUUGACACGUGGGUAGAUAACGGGAAAUAGAAUUUUGAAUUUAAUACGUUAAUGUGUAAUCGCUCUUUUAUUAGUUUUAAUUUAAGCUCAAUUAUGUGUUCAAACGUCACUUUGGCGGGAUUUGUUUUGUUUGUUUAAAUGAAUUCUGCUUGUGAUAAAUAAAACGACUAACGCUUGAAUAAAGGAUUAUGAGCCAUGUUACGAGACUAAACGCUUAAUAGAAUAGAAGUUAUGACAAAGUAGAAAAUAUUGGAAAAAUAUUUCACUUAUAUGGCAAGACAAUCAAUUGGGAACUAACCUUGUUAUUAAUAAAAAGGUAAGGCGUACUUUAAACUAAAGUAUAUUUUGUCUCUUUCUGUUAAUACCAAAUUCUGCAAAGCGUGAUAGUGACAAUAUACUUUAAUUUAAAUUAUUCUUUCACUUUUUUAUGAAUAAUAAAGUAAGUAUUUAACUUGUUUAUAAAUUAUUUUAUUUCCUACGUGGGAUUUGAAAGGUCAGUCGCCAUAACAUUUUAUUAGGUAAUUAAUACUCAUUAAUUACUAUUAUAUUAUAUACAUUUUUAAUUACAUAAUGUUAUAUACAUACAUUUUUAUAUCUAUUUUUAAAGAGGGAACUGAAAUAUGGUUCUUUAUAUUCAUAUUUUAUGUAUUUUUAUAUAUUUCUUAUUUCCUUAUAUACAAUAAGGAAGAACAUUUUCUCGUCUGUCUGUCUAGUAUUAAUAAGUAGUUAUGCAAUUUACUCGUCAUUGUAUAUAAAUAAAGCAAAGUUAUAAUUUCA